CCGCUGGGGCCCACUCGCCAGCCGCUUCAGCCCCCGCCGCCGCCUCCGCCUCCCCUCGCCGGCCUAGCCUGCGCCGCCGCCGCCUCUGCCGCCCCCAGCGCUGAAGCCAUGGCGGGCGCCGCGUGCCCCUGCGCCAAUGGCUGCGGGCCCGGCGCGCCCUCGGACGCCGAGGUGCUGCACCUCUGCCGCAGCCUCGAGGUGGGCACCGUCAUGACUUUGUUCUACUCCAAGAAGUCGCAGCGGCCCGAGCGGAAGACCUUCCAGGUCAAGCUGGAGACUCGGCAGAUCACGUGGAGCCGCGGCGCCGACAAGAUCGAGGGGGCCAUUGAUAUUCGAGAAAUCAAGGAGAUCCGCCCAGGGAGGACCUCACGGGACUUUGAUCGCUACCAAGAGGACCCUGCUUUCCGACCGGACCAGUCACACUGCUUUGUCAUCCUGUAUGGGAUGGAAUUCCGCCUGAAGACCCUGAGCCUGCAAGCUACAUCUGAGGAUGAAGUGAACAUGUGGAUCAAGGGCUUGACUUGGCUGAUGGAGGAUACGUUGCAGGCUGCCACACCCUUGCAGAUUGAGAGGUGGCUGCGGAAACAGUUCUACUCAGUGGAUCGGAAUCGUGAGGAUCGUAUAUCAGCCAAGGACCUGAAGAAUAUGCUGUCCCAGGUCAACUACCGGGUCCCUAAUAUGCGCUUCCUCCGAGAGCGGCUGACAGACCUGGAGCAGCGCAGCAGCGACAUCACCUAUGGGCAGUUUGCUCAGCUGUACCGCAGCCUCAUGUACAGCGCCCAGAAGACGAUGGAUCUCCCCUUCUUGGAAGCCAGCGCCCUGAGGGCAGGGGAGCGGCCAGAGCUGUGCCGAGUGUCCCUUCCCGAGUUCCAGCAGUUCCUCCUCGAGUUCCAGGGGGAGCUGUGGGCUGUCGACCGGCUCCAGGUGCAGGAGUUCAUGCUCGACUUCCUCCAAGACCCCUUGCGAGAGAUCGAGGAGCCGUACUUCUUCCUGGACGAGUUUGUCACCUUCCUGUUCUCCAAGGAGAACAGUGUGUGGAACUCCCAGCUGGGUGCAGUGAGCCCGGACACCAUGGACAACCCCCUCUCCCACUACUGGAUCUCCUCCUCGCACAACACGUACCUGACCGGGGACCAGUUCUCCAGCGAGUCCUCCCUGGAAGCCUAUGCUCGCUGCCUGCGCAUGGGCUGCCGCUGCAUUGAGCUGGACUGCUGGGACGGCCCAGAUGGGAUGCCAGUCAUCUACCACGGACACACCCUUACCACCAAGAUCAAGUUCUCAGACGUUCUGCACACCAUCAAGGACCAUGCCUUUGUGGCCUCAGAGUACCCGGUCAUCCUGUCCAUUGAGGACCACUGCAGCAUUGCUCAGCAGAGGAACAUGGCCCAGUACUUCAAGAAGGUGCUCGGGGACACGCUCCUCACCAAGCCCGUGGACAUUGCCGCCGACGGGCUCCCUUCCCCCAACCAGCUCAAGAGGAAGAUUCUUAUCAAGCACAAGAAGCUGGCUGAGGGCAGUGCCUAUGAGGAGGUGCCCACGUCCGUGAUGUACUCUGAGAACGACAUCAGCAACUCCAUCAAGAACGGCAUCCUCUACCUGGAGGACCCCGUGAACCAUGAGUGGUAUCCCCACUACUUCGUUCUGACCAGCAGCAAGAUCUACUACUCCGAGGAAACCAGCAGCGACCAGGGCAACGAGGAUGAAGAGGAGCCCAAAGAGGCCAGUGGCAGCACAGAGCUGCACUCCAACGAGAAGUGGUUCCACGGGAAGCUCGGGGCAGGACGGGACGGGCGGCACAUCGCCGAGCGCCUGCUCACAGACUACUGCGUCGAGACCGGGGCCCCCGAUGGCUCCUUCCUGGUGCGCGAGAGCGAGACCUUCGUGGGCGACUACACCCUCUCUUUCUGGCGGAACGGGAAGGUCCAACACUGCCGGAUCCACUCCCGGCAGGAUGCUGGGACCCCCAAGUUCUUCUUGACAGACAACCUCGUCUUCGACUCCCUCUAUGACCUCAUCACACACUACCAGCAGGUGCCCCUGCGCUGCAACGAAUUUGAGAUGCGCCUCUCGGAGCCUGUCCCACAGACCAAUGCCCACGAAAGCAAAGAGUGGUAUCACGCGAGCCUGACCAGAGCGCAGGCCGAGCACAUGCUGAUGCGUGUUCCCCGCGACGGAGCCUUCCUUGUGCGGAAACGGAAUGAGCCCAACUCCUACGCCAUUUCCUUCCGGGCUGAAGGCAAGAUCAAGCAUUGCCGUGUCCAGCAGGAGGGCCAGACGGUGAUGCUGGGCAACUCGGAGUUUGACAGCCUGGUCGACCUCAUCAGCUACUACGAGAAACAUCCACUGUACCGCAAGAUGAAGCUGCGCUACCCCAUCAACGAGGAGGCGCUGGAGAAGAUCGGCACAGCGGAACCUGACUAUGGGGCCCUGUAUGAGGGACGCAACCCUGGCUUUUACGUGGAGGCAAACCCUAUGCCGACUUUUAAGUGUGCAGUCAAAGCCCUCUUCGACUACAAGGCUCAGAGAGACGACGAGCUGACUUUCACUAAGAGUGCCAUCAUCCAGAAUGUGGAGAAGCAGGACGGGGGCUGGUGGCGGGGAGACUAUGGUGGGAAGAAGCAGCUCUGGUUCCCGUCCAACUAUGUGGAGGAGAUGGUCAGCCCGGCAGCUCUGGAGCCCGAGAGGGAGCACUUGGACGAGAACAGCCCCCUGGGGGACUUGCUGCGGGGGGUCUUGGAUGUGCCAGCUUGUCAGAUCGCCAUCCGUCCCGAGGGCAAGAACAGCCGGCUCUUUGUCUUCUCCAUCAGCAUGGCGUCGGUGGCGCAGUGGUCCCUGGACGUGGCUGCUGACUCGCAGGAGGAGCUGCAGGACUGGGUGAAAAAGAUCCGCGAAGUGGCACAGACGGCAGACGCCAGGCUCACGGAGGGGAAGAUGAUGGAGCGGAGGAAGAAGAUCGCCCUGGAGCUCUCUGAGCUGGUCGUCUACUGCCGGCCAGUCCCCUUCGAUGAAGAGAAGAUUGGCACCGAACGUGCCUGCUACCGGGACAUGUCAUCCUUCCCCGAAACCAAGGCCGAGAAGUACGUGAACAAGGCCAAAGGCAAGAAGUUCCUGCAGUACAACCGGCUGCAGCUCUCCCGCAUCUACCCCAAGGGCCAGCGGCUGGACUCCUCCAAUUACGAUCCUCUGCCCAUGUGGAUCUGUGGCAGUCAGCUGGUGGCCCUCAACUUUCAGACCCCAGAUAAGCCCAUGCAGAUGAACCAGGCCCUCUUCAUGACCGGCGGGCACUGUGGCUACGUGCUGCAGCCCAGCACCAUGCGGGAGGAGGCCUUCGACCCCUUCGACAAGAGCAGCCUCCGCGGGCUGGAGCCCUGUGCCAUCUGCAUUGAGGUGCUGGGUGCCCGGCAUCUGCCGAAGAACGGCCGGGGCAUCGUGUGCCCCUUUGUGGAGAUCGAGGUGGCUGGAGCCGAGUACGACAACAGCAAGCAGAAGACAGAGUUUGUGGUGGACAACGGCCUGAACCCUGUGUGGCCGGCCAAGCCCUUCCACUUCCAGAUCAGUAACCCUGAAUUCGCCUUCCUGCGCUUUGUGGUGUACGAGGAGGACAUGUUCAGUGACCAGAACUUCCUGGCUCAGGCUACUUUCCCGGUGAAAGGCCUGAAGAUAGGAUACAGAGCGGUGCCCUUGAAGAACAACUACAGCGAGGACCUGGAGUUGGCCUCCCUGCUGGUCAAGAUCAACGUCUUCCCUGCCAAGCAGGAGAACGGCGACCUCAGUCCCUUCGGGGGCACCUCCCUGCGGGAGCGGGGCUCUGACGCCUCGGGCCAGCUGUUCCAUGGCCGCGCCCGCGAAGGCUCCUUUGAAGCGCGCUACCAGCAGCCCUGUGAGGACUUCCGCGCCCCCCAGGAGCACCUGGCAGACCACUGCGACAGCCGCGAGAGGAGGGCCCCCCGAAGGACUCGGGUCAAUGGAGACAACCGCCUCUAGCCGCGCCCCGGCCCCUGGAGAGCAUGGCCCUGCGUGCCCGGCGGAGCGCCCCGGACUGGGCCCGCUGGAGCAGCCUGCCGCGCCAGCCUUCCUGGUCUUACCCCUCGGGCCCAGCAGUGAAUGCUAGACAGAAGCCAAACCGUUCAUGAGAGGUAUUCUUGUCCGGGGCCUCCACACACACCCCCGGGUGAAGGCAAAAACCUGUACUGUGUCUCGCAUUAAGCACACACACCUGGCCCUGACUUCUGGAGGCGGAGCUUUCUUGUGGAGCCAGGACACAGCUGCAGCCCCUCGGAGGGCACGGCUGCCGCCUCCGGCCGCACAGGCAGCUCUGAGGAGCCGCCGACAUUCCUGAGAACAGAGCAGCAGCAGCCUUGCCGGGCCAGAGAAACCAAGUUUACAUUGUCCUGCAGCUUUAAAACCACCACCGGGCAGGGCUGGAGGGUAGCUGCCCCCAGUUUGGCCCUGGAGCCCGGGCAUGGAGCACAGGGCCUGCCCGAGGAGGACACAGCACAAGGGCACGUUGCCCAUGGCAGGGAGCACGACCCAGCCUGAAGGAGUGCCGGGGGUCACUGCAGCACGGCAGUGUGGGCAUCGCAGGCCACGAAGGGCCACCCCGCGAGGGUGCAGUGGAGGAGGCUGAGCCCCCAGGGUGACAGCACCUGAAGUAGGGACAGGCAGCGUGUCCCAGAGCCACAGCCACGCCUCGGGGCCCCGAUUGGGCACGCGCACCACUGUGGGUUACGCUGUCUGCCACUGCCCGCUGCCGGGGCCUGGACGCGAGCCCAGAGGACCUGCUUACCAGGGUAGACACGUCUGUGGACGUAUUUGAGGCCUUUGUCCAGAUGAUCAGCGCCAGUGUGGCCAGAACGGAGGAGCAAGUCACCAAGGUGGAGGCCGAGCUGGGGACUUUGCCCAGUACAUUCAGGAAACUCCUGCACAGCCCACAUGCCCUCCUCCAGCGAGGCCCUCCAGAGCCCUGGCAGACCAGCUACGAAACCCCGUCCUGUUGCGGACUGAAGACCACUUUCCCUGUUGCAGUGGGAGACCUGGGACAGAGUCUCCCAGUAUUAAGUCAGCUGAAGUCCCUGUUACUAGACAUACAUCAUGUUGGAGUGUAGACUUUUAAAGUUUAUUUUUUGCACACUCUAUUUCUCACUAUCUUAUUUCGUGUAGGAUGUAUGAUUUUCUAUGUCUUCCACUUCUAACCUAAAAGCUGCUUGGUGAAGGGAUCGGCGAAGCAAAAUGGAAGAACUCAUCUGUGCACUGUGGCAGAACUGUUAUUUUUAUGGAUUUUCCAGCUCAGCUAACAGUGUUCUUUUCGAGAUUUAUAUAUACUCUUCAGAAAAACCACUGAGCCGUUAAAGCCUUGUUAUUCUCGGUCCUAAUAGUGAUUCAGUUUCUCUAGCUUACUUUUAGGGUAGCUGGUAAAUUAUUUAACGUUAUAUUAAACUUUCCAUAUCAUGAAUUGUAAACUGAAGGAAAUCAUACAAUUUCUGAGGAAAUGUAUUGAUUUAUUUAAACUAAUUCUGAAGUUGUAUUUGAAAGUAUGACCUCACGAUCUUAAUUUGUCCAUAGCAAACAUGUCUAUAUAUGGUUGCCAACAUUUGGUUUAUAAUUUAAAUAUUAAAAAUUUUAAAUUUUAUUGGAAAAGCUUUCCUUCUGAAAAGGACUUUUAAAAGAUGCAGUAUUUUUUCUCAGUGGUAUAACCGGCUUCCUUCUUCCUGUUCCUCACCUGAGAGCAGCAGGUAGGCGGCCGGCCCUGUUUGGGGGUUGAUUUGGGGUGUCAAGGCACCGACGGGAAUGGGGUGGGAAGAGAUGAAAUAGCAAAGCUUAUUCUGGUGAGGUGGUUUUUUUUUCAAGGAAAAGACUCCAUAUGCUUCCCCUUAGGAAUGGAGGAGGGUCAGGAGGUGGGGCCGGCGGGCGCGGAGUGGACGGUGCUGCCGGCAGGUGCCUCGGCACACGCAGGCCCGACACCUCCGUUUGGCUCGGGUUGGCCCCUGCUAGUUCUGCUGCCUUCUUAAGACCUGACGGCCAAAUA